AUGAUCCUCCCGCGCUACUCGGUCUUGAUCCCGACGCUCGUCGUCCUCAGCUACGGCGUGUACCAAGCCUGCCUUGAGCCUGCCCUUGGUGACGAGUGCACCACGGACGACGACACCGACGAAGCGGCCAUUGACGUUCUGCCGCGCAUCGUUGUCAAGGUUGUGCACACGGGCAAGUCGAGCCUCCGAAAGACGCGGAAAGCGAGACCCACCAAGCGCGCCCGGUAG